AUGCCGAUUCCUUCUCCGACCGGCGACUUUCAAGUUCAAUCAGACUCCAACCACCAACAUCAUGAGUUGCUCGAUAAGAGAUCCCCGUCGCCCAGACGCAAUCAAGAAAGCCCUCUAAGAUCCUCUGUCGAACCCCAUGACAGUCACGGCAACAACGAUGGCCCACCCGCGAAGAGACAGAAAGUUGCAGGCGCUGACCACAGACCGUCUCCUCGACUCAUCUCCCCCCCAUGGAAACGAGUCCUCGCAGAAGGUCCGACGUCCUUCAUCCAGGAUGGUCGUCGAAAGUCCGGGAGAACAAACGUAGUGCCCCUCGACCUGCAGCCGCAGUCAAACAAAAGGCAGACACGCGCUGCUUUUGAUAAGGUCAAGGAAGAGCGUCAAAAACAUGCGAAACCUAUUUAUAAUAUAUCGGCUCGCAAGUCCAAAGCCGAAUCGCACAUUUCGCCGUCGUCGACUACCAAGCGUGGUUCCAUUCCUCCUCCCAAGAGUCGCGAUGUAUCCCAUUCACAGCACCCCGCCAAGGCUGAAUCCUCACAGAGGCAUCUCAGAGACUCAAACACCACCUCAAAAAACCAGGCCAAGUUGCCUCGGCGUCCUACCGUUACGAGUCAUCGUCCACGGAUUACUUCGCCGCAGGUCAACGGUGUACAUGACAAAAAACCGCAGACAAAUGGGAUAGUCAAGACCGAGCAAGAUAGCGGUGACGACGACCUUGACGCCUCUAGCGCACUCUCCUCCAGAGGCCCGACUCCUCCGUUGACCCUGCGCAGGGUUACUUUCCGAGUUCGAUUACCCCCGCCCUCCGUUGCUAGUCCCGCCAAUGUGCCGUUACCAAAGAAGUAUGCGUCCUUCGGCGAAUUCCUGGAAAAAGAUGAGACGGAACCGAGGACAGGAGAGGACACACUAACACCUGAUCAAAUUAUGAAGGAGGCCUUAGCUCGGCGAAGAGUGAGAGACGCUCAAAAGCGAGGCGGUGCCCUUGACAAGAAGCUCGUCGAUGCUUUGCCACAGAAGCAAGAUGAACCAAGGAGACAGUACGCGCAUCGUGAUCACCUCCUGGCUCAUGUAUGCCACUUCAGGGCACUUUUAAGGGCAGAGCAGAAAGACCAUAAGAAAAAGGCCGAGGCACUGGCGCACGAGGCAAAACGAUACGUUGAAGAAAAGCGGAAGCGCAACAAGGUGAAGACUGCUGAAGAAAUCGAGCAAGAGAAACGAGAGGCCAGCCUGGCGCUAUAUCGAACAGUGGUCAAAGACGUCGACAAGCUUUGGGCUGCGGUCAGACUUGAAGUCAAUGCCAUCCGGCAGAAGGAAUACGAAGAGCAGCAACAGGCGAAGAUGAAAGGACACCUGGCGCGCGUCCUGGAUCGAACGGAUCAAAUACUCAGUCGACUUAAUGAACAAGACGAUUCUGUGAUGGACAGUGGAACCGAGGUUUCGUCCAACGAGACCACCGAAUCCGAAUCGGAAAACAGCGAGCAGAUGUCAGAAAGCGAGACAGAAUCGGAGUCAGAACCAGACGACAAGGACCUUGACGCUGAGAUGUCCGUUGAAGAAUUGAAAAAGAAGUACGGCAAUCUGCCAGAGCUACCGGUUGAGGACGAAGGAGACUUCGCCGAAGGCCAAGACGAAGACGAAGAAGGCCCAGAUCAGUCCGAUGAAGAUUCAGAUCCUGAAACUGAAAUGGACUCUGAGUUUGACACAGAGGGAACCAGUGACGAGGAUGAGGAUGGGGACGAGGAUGCAGAAAGCGAAGAGGAUGACACAGGUGGCGGACUCCUUUCUAUGCUGUUCUCAAAGAAGCAGAUCGCCGGCAUGACGGUCGAAGCCGAUGAUGCGAGUGCCAUUCAGGAAGACAAGUCCGAGAGCCGCGACGCUCCCCUUGUGGAAGUCGUUGAAGAACCGGCUGAACAGCCUUGCACACCCGCGCAAAAUGCUACUGAGGAACCGAAAGCUGACGCAAUUGGCGAAACAAACGUACAAACAGAAACGCCAACAACUCUAGAGAUUGACGACGUCAAAAUACUGGACGCAAUACCACCCAUUCACCCUCAAGUUGCCCGACUUGCUUCUGAAGACCCCGGAAGUCAAGAGCCUAGCACUCAUACAUCUCCUCAUACAACUGCAACGAAAGUGUCCGAGCCCGAGUCUGUCUCCUCUAUCGAUGCUCAAGUAGACUCUGCGCCGCCCGUUACACCGUCAGAGACAAAGCCGGUCAUCAAGACGCCCGUUCCCUCCUUGUUGCGAGGUACUCUCCGUGAAUAUCAACACGAAGGUCUGGAUUGGCUUGCAGAUCUGUAUGCUCAUGGAAGAAGUGGAAUUCUGGCCGACGAGAUGGGUCUCGGCAAGACAAUUCAAAGCAUUGCGCUCUUAGCUCACCUUGCUGAGGUUUACGAAGUUUGGGGCCCCCAUCUUAUCGUUGUACCGACGAGUGUCAUGCUGAACUGGGAAAUGGAGUUCAAAAAGUUCUUGCCUGGAUUCAAGGUUCUGACAUACUACGGCAACCUUGAAGAACGGAAGCAGAAGAGGAGGGGCUGGAUGGCGGACGACAGCUUCAAUGUCUGCAUCACAUCGUACCAGUUGGUUUUGCAAGAUGCCAACUCCUUCAAGAGACGACGGUGGCAUUACAUGAUUCUGGAUGAAGCUCACAACAUCAAAAAUUUUCGUUCAGAACGUUGGCAGACCAUGAUGACGUUCAACACUAGAGCCCGACUUCUUUUGACUGGAACACCUCUUCAGAACAACUUGACCGAACUGUGGUCCCUUCUAUUCUUUCUUCAUUAUGGUCAGGAAAAUGAGGGCGAGGACGACGCAUUCGCUGGUCUGAAAGAGUGGUCGGAAUGGUUCAAGAGGCCCGUCGAGUCGAUUCUGGAGCAUGGUCGCCAGGUUCUGGACGAGGAGGAUCGAGAACAGGUUGCGAAGCUUCACAAAGUGAUCCGACCCUUCCUCCUCCGUCGAUUGAAAGCGGACGUCGAGAAACAGAUGCCAGCAAAAUAUGAACACGUUGAGAUGUGUCGUUUAUCCAAGCGUCAGCGACAAUUGUACGAUGGCUUCAUGUCAAGAGCGCAGACGAAGGAAACGUUGGCUUCGGGCAAUUAUUUGUCGAUCAUCAACGCCUUGAUGCAGCUGCGCAAAGUUUGCAAUCACCCUGACCUUUUUGAGACACGACCGAUCAAUACAUCGUUUGCAAUGCACAAAUCUGCGGCAGCUGACUUCGAGGUUAAGGAUCUUUUGGUGCGUCGGAGACUAAUGUUGGACGCCUCAAACGAUCUAGACCUCGACUUUUUACGGUUGGCGCCCAUUUCGGAAGAGCGGAUGUCCAUGAUUGAGGUAAUCGAGACUACUAAACGACAUGCCUUCAACAAAUUCAAGACCUUGAGGGAAGCUCAGUCUCGAAGGGUCUUAUCGUCGUCCCACAUCAGAGUCCGGACCGAUAAUGCCACCUUGUGGCGCGGCGAGACUCGGCUGGGUGUGCUCGGAUCGCUUGAGAAUGUCGGUCGGAGAGCCCGGCUUCAGGAGUUGGACCGUACAAUGUAUUACGAAGCAUACAAGCACCAUCAACAUCCAAUUUACGGCCGUGGACUGAUUGAACAGUUGACCAUAAAUACAACUUACGAGAGACUGUCCAGACUGUCGCCGCGCAGGGGUUUGAGCCGCUUCUGGGAUAAAGGCCAACCGAUGCAGUCUAUUGAUCUUGUUCAUUCUGUGCAGUCGAGGUCUGAGCAGAUGCAAUCCUUUGUUGACAAGUUUGCGUGUCUCACUCCGGCUGUGGUGGCCACGGAUCUCUAUGCCAGAACUGUAACAGAUGCCGGCGCCCAAGCGAUCCGGGAAUCGACCGUGAGGGCUGACGAGGAGGACCCAUUCCACCUUGCGCGCAUGAAACUCUCCAUCGCCUUCCCCGACAAACGCCUUCUUCAAUACGACUGUGGCAAAUUGCAGAGACUGGACAAAUUACUUCGCCAACUCCAAGCGGGGGGCCACCGAGCAUUGAUCUUUACUCAGAUGACCAAAGUUCUCGAUAUCCUUGAACAAUUCCUCAACAUUCACGGCCAUCGAUACUUGCGACUCGACGGCGCUACAAAAAUCGAGCAGCGACAGAUCCUCACCGAGAGAUUCAACAACGACACGCGCAUCUUGUGUUUCAUUCUUUCUUCCCGUUCCGGUGGACUCGGCAUCAACUUGACAGGGGCAGACACCGUUAUCUUUUACGACCUCGAUUGGAACCCGGCCAUGGACAAGCAAUGCACUGACCGGGCGCACCGUAUCGGUCAAACACGAGACGUCCACAUUUACCGUUUCGUCUCCGAGCAUACCAUUGAAUCGAACAUUCUCAGAAAAGCCAACCAAAAGCAGUUGCUCGAUGAUGUGGUCAUUCAGGAGGGCGAUUUCACCACGGACUACAUGAAUAGGAUGACUUAUCGAGAUAUGCUUGAUGAGAAUGCCGAGGAGGACGAGGCCGGCAAGGCGAUGGAUCGUGUGUUGGGCAAUGACAAAACUAGUAUCGGCGUGCUGGAGCAAGCUGAAGACCAAGAGGAUCGCGCGGCGGCUAAAGUCGCGGCGAGAGAAUUGCAGCAUGCCGAUGAGGGUGAUUUUGAGGACGGGAGAGCCAGUGCCACGCCGAGAACCCAGACGGGCGAUGCCAGAAGCACACCUGCACCUGGUGGUGUAUCGAAUGGACCUUUUGGAGCCACCGACACAGCCAUCAUCGAGUCGCAACAAGACGAAGAGAGGAUCCAUCACAUUGAUGAGUAUUUCAUCCAACUGCAAAAGUACCUGAUGAAGGACAUUCCGCUCGGACCGGGUAAGGACUCGAAGAAAGGCAAGAAGGGGAGGAGAGGACGCGACGAACACCGCGUUCGGAGAGUGCGAUAA